AGUUGGUGACCGCAAAGAUCAAGUUCGUCGAGUGGAAUCGCGCCAACGAUCGUAGGAGGUAAGGACCAAAGGGAGGGCGUCAUACUAUGGACCAAAAUAAUCAAGGGAAUAGUAACAAUCAGGGCGGGGGAGGAGGAGGCUGGGGACCGCCUGGAUGGGGAGGGAAUGGGGGAAACGGGAAUGGAAACGGGAACGGGUGGGGAGGGGGUUGGAACAAUGGCCCGCCAGGUGGAUGGAAUGGUGGAGGGCAGGGUUGGAACGGCAACGGGGGUGGAGGAUGGAAUGGAAGUGGGUCGGGAUGGAACGGUGGGGGAGCAGGCUGGAAUGGAGGACGGCCAGCUGGCGGAAACUGGGGUGGAGGAGGUGGACGGAGGAAUGUCAGAUGCUAUAACUGUGGCGGACGCUGCGAAGAAAGAGGAGGAGGAAAGAUUGAAGAGAGAGGAGUUUGAAGGGGUAGCAAAGGAGGAAGCGAAGCGGAUCGAACUUGAGAAGAAGGGCGAGGAGGAAAAGAAGGAGGCUGAUAGGAAUUGGAGUAUUAGGAAGUUAUUUAGCGAGCAACGUGUGUUCCUGAGGAAGGAAGUGAGAUCGGCGGUCAACGAGGAGCUCUACGAGAUGGUGAAGCAAGAAGGUAAGAAAUUAAUGAAGGAAGGUGGGGGCGAUGAGUGGGAGGAGGAGGAUGGAGACGAGGAGGAGGAAGACGAAGAGGAAGAGGAGGAGGAGGAGAGGGUUUGCCGACGAGGGAAAAGAGUUGUAGUUCCGCCAGGUGCGAACGGGGUAAGUCCACCAGCGGAGACUCCGCCGAAAGCUGUCAGGGGGACUAGUUCAAGGCAGCCGGUAUUCGUCGAGGCUUCUCCGGUGGAAGAAGGAAGGAAAGCGAGGGGCCGACCAAAGAAGAAGGAAGUGCCGAGUUUGGAGUUGGACCCGUGGAACGGAGUGCCGUGCUCGGCGGAUUACAGAAACAGAACGAGUUACAAGGUAGCAGUAGCCAAGUUCGUGUUGAGGAAGCUUGUUCCGGAGGUAAAGAUGAUGUGUAGAAGGGAGGGAAUUGUCUGGAGAGGGAAGAAGAACGAGGCAGUUGAAGAGUUGACCGAGUUGCGCGUCAUGCAUAGCGUAUUCGAAUCGGCUCCUGCCACGGGCAUGGGGGUACGAGACUCGGACCUCCCAAAGGUGGAGGGUCAUGUGACCUUCAAACUGACCACGUUGAGGAAUGUCCCCGAUGCGCUUAAGAACGCAAAGGACUCAAUUAGGAAGGUAGGAAGGGACCUUGCGAAGGAAGUGAAUGAUGCUUUGUUGAAAUUUGGGUUGGACGGAUCAGUAAAACCGGGUGAUGUGUGGAAAGCCAUUAGGGUGGAAGGAAAUGGCGAGAGGGGGUACACUGACAACGCUGUUGAGCGAUGGAGAAAAUUAUUGGUAAACUUUGUCCGGGUGCCUCUCGAUAAAAACCCACCAGAGACGCUGGUCAUGUGCCCGAAGGUGUAUGCAGAUGGAAUGAGGGAUAUGUUCUGGGGAAAGGAGAGUUUUGAUGCUGUCAUAGGUUCAGAGGAGGAUGUCCUUGCCGGGUGUAAGGGCAAGUAUGAAGAAGGAGGAUUCGAUAGCCUGGGGAAAUGGGACGGGAAAGGGAGGUUGGGGCAUGCGUACAUUCUGCCGAAGAACAAAGAUAUUGGCAGAUUCAGGCCGAUUACCCCGUCCCACUCAAAACCGUCAAAGCAAGCAGGGCAAAGAGUUGCGAGAGCCUUGAAUGGCAUGAUAGCCCUGCUACCUCCGUCUGGGCACUUUAAUCUGAAAUCGACGGGAGGGCUGAAAAGGAGAGUGGAAGAGAUUACCAGAUGGGCACAGGCGAAAGGGGAAGGAGGGACGAUAAAAGGAAUGUUGUUUGAUGUCAAGGAAAUGUUCAAUGAGCUACCACACGCAUCGAUACUAAAAGUCGUCGAGUGGCUCAGAGGAAUGAUGAAGAAGAAAAAGAGGGAAGGGGUUUAUGUGAAGAAGAGGGGAAAGAGGGUAUCGUUUGCAAAUCGAAGGGAUAAGGAUUGGUUGUUUGUGAGUGUGGAUCAGGUGAUGGACUAUGUACGAUAUGAGUUAGAUAACACCUUUUUGAUGGCGAUCGAGGGGGUGGGAGUGAAGGAGGAGGGGGGGGAUCUGGCGGGAGUGGAUACUGGGGCAGAGGGGAUGGGGGUGAAGGAGGAAGGGGGGCAUCUGGCAGCGGUGGAUACUGGGGCAGAGGGGCUGGGCGUGAAGGAGGAGGCAGUGGUUGUCAAGGAUCAGCAUAAGUGGCUGGCCAGGCCCUGUAGUCCGGGAUGCAAGGUUGGGACAGUGGGGGACGGGAAGAAGAUGGAGAAGCGGACUCUGGGCCAUUUGGGAGUGGGCCAAGACCCAACUGUGGGGCAUAUAGUACCUCCAACACAGGAUGAUCAAUGACCAAAGCCCCCACUCACGGUAUCGUGAAGUUGUUCUAAGGGACGCUGGACCCGGUUUCCCGCAGGUGACGCUCGCCACCAAUAGAUGGAGCAGCCCACUGGCCAAGUCCUCAAUCCUGGCGGCUUUCUUACCGCCGCCAGGAUUGUGGACUUCGGAAAGGGCUUUCCCCGGGGUAAAAAAAAGAGAAAAGAGAUAGCUGGCUUGUCCCCCCUGGUUGGUUGUGGACGAAUGAAUGCUAACUUUCCAG